AUGAUUCAGUCACCAAUUGAUGUCUCCCACUCCCACACCACCGCAAGAAAGAGCUGCCAACAGUUCCAGAAUAAUCAGCUACCAUCCCACCAACAGCCACUAGAGGCCCCCAAACACCACUGUGAAUCUGUAAUUCCCAUCACCCACACACUACAGGUGCACAGCAAACCCAUUGACCAGGACACCAUCACUUUCUGGGUAUUACCUCAGUUUGGUGUGACAGAGGGCCGGUAACCGUCACAAAGGAAGUGUCGUCAUCAAAACCAGGCAAGACAGUGAAGCUGAAAAUCUACCUGCAAGUUUCUCUAUCUGUCCUUUGAAAGUCAGUCUUCUAGUUCAGAGACAGUGCAAUCAAUACCCUCUAAUAGGGAUUGCUCUAAAGCAACAGAAAAAGAUACUUCCAGAAGACCUUUAGUUCCAAUGCUAAGUCCCUGUGGGGAACUAUCAGCGCAUAAACUUCAGAGUUUAUCUCAUGUGUUCAUUCUACCUGACAUCCAGAGGCCAAAGUCAUCCCCUGUGAAGAAAGACUGCAUUCCCUCAGGCCACAGAGAAAAUUCUCUUCCAACUGGCCUCCUUCUCUCUGGAACUCAUAGUAGCCCAGAACUUUGGCCUGUUCUGGUUAAAGACACCCCCGAGGAGAAGUGUGGAAUAAAGGUCACAUGGAGGAGAAAGAGACACCUGUUCACCUACCUCAAUGUGACAGGAAAACUGAGCAAAAGCUCGUUUCUUGUGAAGAGCAGAUCCAACUUCUCAGACAUCAGUCUUGUCAAACAGUCUCAAGAAUUGCUCAUUUUUGAGCUAGGUUUGAUGGCUCAUGCCUUUAAUUCUAGCAUUCUGUUGUUACCAAGCUGA